AAUCGGGUCGCCGGGAUGGGGUCGGACGCGGGGAUCGAGAAGCGCGGAGCGGGGGGGCCGGCUAGGGCUUUGGGGGCGUGGCUGCGGCGGCGGCGGCGGCGGACGCAGGCGGCGGUGGCGGCGGCGGCGGCGCUCGCGGCGGUGGCGCUCCUCGGCCUCGUCGUCACCGACCACGACCUCAUCGCCGCCGCCGCAGAGGCCGUCCACGCCGCCGGGGUCGGCGUCCUCGUCUACAAGCUCUUCAAGGAGGGCACUUGCGCUGGACUCUCCUUGAAAUCUCAGGAGUUAACAGCAAUAUUUUUAGCCGCGAGGCUGUACUGCAGUUUCAUCGUCGAAUUUGAUAUACACACAUUUCUUGAUUUUGCCACACUAACGGCUACUUUGUGGGUUGUUUACAUGAUUCGGUUUGUAUUGCGAACAAGUUACAUGGAGGAGAAGGAUAACUUUGCAAUAAAAACUGUGGUAGUACCGUGUGCUCUUCUAGCUGUUUUCAUCCAUCCAUCCUCGGUUCACACUCUCAGCAACAGAUUUCUAUGGGCUUUCAGUGUUUACCUGGAAGCUUUCUCAGUUCUACCGCAGCUACGAGUGAUGCAAAAUACAAAGAUAGUUGAGCCAUUUACAGCUCACUACGUGUUUGCCCUCGGCGUUGCUCGAUUCUUGAACUGUGCAUACUGUGCCCUUCAGUUUUUCAGCACACUCGGCUUCGUAGUGUUUGUAUUCGGACAUGGGCCAUGGCCUGGAAUGGUCCUUAUUGCGGAGAUCGUCCAGACAAUAAUCUUGGCGGACUUUUGUUAUUAUUAUGUGAAAAGUUUUCUCAGUGGUGAUCUUGUCCUGAGGAUUCCAUCAAACUUGGUAUGAUCAGCAACUUUACAGAUUGAAUCCUUCUCAUCUGACUGCACCCUUAUCAUUCAUUGACAGAGAAAAUGAAGCAUAAACCAUCUGUAACAGGUUUCCAUUUCUUUAUUUUCCUGCUUAAGUACAAAACCUUUCUAGCUGAACUAAAGAACCUCUUUGAAUAGGGUUCGAACACAGUAUAUGAAACCAAUAGUAGGAUGUUCACAUCUUUGUUCUUUGCCAAAACAAAAAGAAAUCUCCAUAAUCCACUAUUAAAUAGUUGUCUACUCCUAUUGA